GGCAAAUUUGACGUUCAACGUAUCCAAAAAAGAGUAAAUUGCGUAGCGAAAAAACCAAAGAAAGUGUUGGAAAGUCGCGUGAAAAACUGUAAAAAUAUUGCAAAAAUAUUACUAUGAUAGUUUGGCAACAGCCACUACAAAAUACUGGUUAUCAUUUAAUUUUGCACUGAUCAGCGUAAAAGUAACAAGCUGCAGCGUAGAAUAGUUGGUGUUUACUGCGAAAAAACACAAAAAACACGAUGAAAGUCGACACGAGUCGACUGAAAAAGGGCCCCAGCGAGAUUCCGCCCGAGUGUCAGCAGCUCAUCGACAGAUUGCGUCUCUGCAAUCGGCAAGAGUUGGCGUUGGAACUCGCGAAAAUCGAAACGUGGACCUUCGGCAAGUGCGAAUUGUGUCACUGGAUCGAAAUUCUCGACAUUUUUGACGACAUUCUCGCCGAUGCGACGUUCGAAGAUCCCACUUGUGGCCUCUAUAUGACAUGUGAUGUAUCCUACAAUGAGGAAGACACGAAUCUCCUGUUGCUCGUACUGAAUUUCACAACGUUGCUGAUCGAGCACUCGUUUUCGCGUCAUCUCUACAACUCCAUUGAGCAUCUCACGGCACUGCUGCAAUCCAUCAACCUGGAUAUUGUGCUCGGAGUGCUGAAUUUAUUGUACAUGUUUUCAAAACGUAGCAAUUUUCUAUCAAGACUAGGCUGUAACAAGAAAUCCGCUGUUUCUAAUAGACUUAAAUACAUCGCCGAGAAUUGGGGAGGAAAAGACUCGGGCUUCGGCCUUGCCGACUGUUGCUGUGAAAAUAUCGAAAUUCCAGCGAGCGUUUCGUCCUUUUUCUACGAGUACUACAAGUCCGAUGGCUCGAUGGAGACUGUGCAUUUGGACGACAAGGAGCUGACGGAGAAAGAUAUUCGUUUGCUGACGGAACAAAUUGUCCGGAAACUCAACGAUGACAUUACCGACGACCAAAAGUAUCACAUUUUUUGUCGCGUUCGUCUCUCAAAGACUUUCAAAGAUUACAAGUCGCGUCUUUUGCUUGUGCAAGCACGUUUGCAAGCGUUAUCAGUUCUUAUCUAUUCCGAUGCUUUGACGGGACACAUUCACCAAUUAAUUUAUCCGGGCUUCUUGGAGGAGCUCGUCGAAUUGCUCGAGUUGCAAAAACCGAAUUUGGUCGAGAUACGCGCCGCGGCGUUACGUACCCUGACAUCGAUUAUUCAUCUGGAACGAAGUUCGCAGUACAUGAGAAAAACUGAAACCCGCCUGAAUGUGAUAAUAGACGUCACAGGUGCCUCAUCUUACCACGGAUUUCUGCCCAGCAUGGUUCGUUCGUGCAUCAACAACUUGAUCGCAUCGACAACCGACUCAAAUACUGACACAUCCCAAUUCCCGCUGCAACUCGCCACAGCUUUAUUCAGUUUUCUCUACCAUUUGGCAAGUUACGAGGGCGGCGCCGAGUCUCUCGUGUCGUGCGGCAUGAUGGAAAGUCUCCUCAAAGUGAUAAAUUGGAGUGGCAACGAACUCGAGCACAUUACCUUCGUGACACGAGCUGUUCGGGUCAUUGACCUCAUCACAAAUAUCGACAUGCAAUCCUUCCAAUCGCACGACGGACUCAACAAUUUCAUCGAACGCUUGAACAUCGAGGUGAAUUUGUGUCGCAUCGAGCAACCGUACGAAAUCAAACCGAAUCGCGAUCGACGUUCCAUGUCGCCCGAGCUGUAUGACCAACAAUCGGAAGCGGGCAGUAACUUGAACUCCAUUGACGAGUUAGCGGGCGAGGGUGACAGCAUGCAUUCGGAAGACGUUCACAUGACACAAGAAUCGGGCGAAACGCAUGCCUCGCAUUCGUCGGAAGACCCCUCGAAGAAUGUCGUGCUGUUGGAACCGCUUCCGGGACGAGCUUGUUUGCCGCAACGUGCCGCUUUGCUGAAAUCCAUGCUGAAUUUCCUCAAGAAAGCGAUUCAGGAUACGACCUUUUCCGACAGUAUUCGUCACGUGAUGGAAGGAAGUCUCCCGAAUUCGUUGAAACACAUCAUCAGCAAUGCCGAAUAUUAUGGGCCGUCGCUGUUUCUGCUCGCCACAGACGUCGUUACCGUUUACGUAUUCCAAGAGCCGAGUUUUUUGUCGUCGUUGCAAGACAACGGACUGACAGAUGUCAUUUUGCAGGCGCUUCUGAAGAAGGAUGUGCCGGCGACGCGCGAAGUUCUCGGGUCGUUGCCGAAUGUUUUUAGUGCGUUAUGUUUGAAUACACGAGGCCUCUUAUCAUUUGUCAAAUAUAAUCCGUUUGACAAGCUAUUUAAAGUGCUUUUAUCGCCCGUUUAUUUGUCCGCCAUGCGACGACGACGUAGUUCUGAUCCGAUUGGCGACACCGCGAGCAACUUGGGCAAUGCGAUGGAUGAACUUAUGCGAAAUCAACCGAGUUUGAAAACGGAUGCCACGAAGGCGAUCAUUAAAUUGCUUCAGGAUCUCGUUGAAUUAGGCACCGAUCCAAAGUACAUUUGCUGGCGUGCGCAGAACAAAAAUGAAGUUUCCCCCAAUAGCGGAUCCUCAAGUAGUCGUCAAUCGAACGCAAAUAAUGCCGAUUUGAAUGCCGGGAGCAGCGACGAUGACGACGAAGAUGAAGAGGAAGCGAGCACGUCGUCGCACAACAAUCAUCGGGACGACAACGGGCAAAAUACGGCAGAAACAACGAACACAAAUACGGAACAAGAGCCCGCACAAACCUCGUCAUCCGCUUCGGAACGCAUUCCCAUCGCCUUGAUUGACUACAUCUUGAAUGUCAUGAAGUUCGUCGAUGCGAUUUUGAGCAACAACUCGACGGAUGACCAUUGUCGCGAAUUUGUCGAGCACGGAGGACUGCAACCGUUGUUGGCGAUUUUGUCGUUGCCGAAUUUGCCUGUUACGAGCUGUAAUACGCCAAUUACUGCGUCGGCACAAGCUGUUGCUUCCGUGUGUAAAUCGAUUUUGAAUUUGGCACACGAACCCCAAGUAUUGCAAGUAGGUCUCGAGCAGUUAUCUGGCGUCGUCGAGAACCUCAAACCCCUACAAAGUCACUUAGAGCAACCAAAUGGUUCCGUCCUCUUGCGCGAAUUGGCAAAUUGUGGCAAUAUCGAUCAAGCAUUCACAAAUGCCUCUGCCACGCCAAUUUUGCAUGCGAUGAAUGCCGUUCACGGAUACGUCGUGAUGCUCGUUCACGUUUGCCGCACAGGUCAAGCCGAUAUCCGGAUGAUGUCUCUGACCAAAUGGAGUCAAGAUAAUGCUUACGGAAAGCAACUUUUGCAAAAACUCGUGCAAUUGUACACGGCACUCGUGUGGGAAAGUACUUUGUUGCUGGCUUUGUGCACGGAUGACAUUUCUACGGGCUGCAAUUUCGGCAAAGAAGACAUCGACAAGAUGAUUCCGAGCGACUUGAAGGGCAUUUCGGAGGUGAAUUGGAACGAAGUUGUCGUUAAUUUGUCUGCGAUGGAAGGAAAGACUGACGAACAAGGCACGUCUCUUGUUUCGAAUAGCAUGGAAGUGGAAAAUAGCGAAAGUAACAGCAGUUCGAAGAGCGGCAACGGGCAAAAGAAAGUUUUUGCUUCGGCAACGCAACUCAAAUACAUCAAAUCGCUGCUUUUGGCGUCGUCGCGUUUAGGGAGAGCUCUUGCCGAGUUAUUUGGCUUGUUGGUGAAACUUUCUGUGGGAUCUCCGACUCGUCAACGUCGCGGACAGAAUUUUCCCGCAACGCCGCAAUACACGAGUCCCGCUUCCAAGGAGAUUGCUCGUGUCUUGAGUUACAUUCUCGUCGACGGAUUGUCCUUUAACAAAUUACCGCCAUCCCCAAUCCCGAAAUUGAAGUUAAUUUUCCUCAUCUGCUCCGUGGGAUUCACGUCUCCGAUGCUUUUCGACGAAAAACGCUUCGCCUACCACCUGAUGUUGCAAAAGUUCAUCGAAGAGGGCGGCUUGGAGGUCUUUUUCGAGAUGUUCCGAUGGGCAUUGACUGCCGGACACACAAUUCCCAUCCAUCGUGCCGUCGAAUCGAACAACUUGCCCGACGGAACAGGCGAAUUUCUCGAUGCCUGGUUGAUUUUACUCGAAAAAAUGGUGAAUCCACGUGCAAUUCUCGAAAGCCCGCACGUCAUUUCAACAAAAACUAGUAGACAAAAACCCGAAUUUGACUCGACGCAAUACUUGAUCAACGUUCAUCGAUUUGCUUAUCAAUCGGUAAUGCAUUUGUGGGGCUGCGCUCCGCUAAAAACGUACGGAUUGCGGAUGAGCGAGUCAAUUUUGACGAUUUUGAAGCAUAUUUUCCGCGGCGAAAAGAUUAUCGCGGAAAAGUACGUCGAUAAAAGUAAAGAAAAGGAGAAGGAAGCAGAAGAAAAGGCUAAAACGGACCCCGCUGAAGGAUCGUCAUCGACAACAACGACGAAUGAAGCCACAGGUGAGGCAUCGACAUCAACUACGACGAAUAACGUUGCUGCGGAAGCGGUUGAAGAAGCGGAUCCUCGCGUAAAUCCGGUUUAUUUGAGUGCUCUCAUGGAUAUGGGAUUCAAUCGGGAGCAAUGUACCGAAGCACUUUUAGCUACAGGCGGUUCUGUCGAACAAGCCACGGAAUAUUUGCUGAACAACACGACUCCCAUGAACAAUUCUGAGCUUUCGGCAGCAAUUAGUGAGGAAAUUGCCUCGAAUAUUCCCAACAGCAUGGAUGUCGAUGUCACGGAGGAAGUCAUUCGAGCAAUUUUGAUGAGUAUUGGAGACUCUUCGAGCGUUAUGCCGAGCAGCACGGGAGCUACGAAGAAAAAUGAAGCUAAACCAGGCACAAGUACGGGCGUUACAACAGUUGCUCCUAUCAAAGAGGCAUACAAAAAGUACUUGACGGAAACGCCCUUGCCCAAAACAACGUUCGACCAUUUCUCAGAAAGUGCGUUAAAGACAUGCCUCCAACUUUUGGACACCCUUCCUGACGCCGUUUAUCGCGUUUGUGACUUACUCGUGACAAUUAGCAAGCGAAAUGGCGACACGUGGCGCGAUGACAUGCUAAACAACCUCGUUGACGAGAUCUCGGAUUGUCUGGAUUUCUUAAUUCGAGUUUUAAAUAGCGAAGAAUCCAUGGAUGAAAGUGAACAACUCACGCCCGAGAGCUUUGUUUCGGGAGAAAUGGCGAGUAAAACAGCAGUUCGCAUUCACCUGUUCACGCUUCUCUUCGAAGGACAGUAUCAAGAGUUGAAAAUCCCGUGCGCCUCAGCGAUGGUUCGCAAAGAUGUCUUGCCGAAAUUAGUAAAAGUCAUCAUCGAUAUCGAGAGAAUCAUGAAAACGGGUGACAAGAAGCCUACUGUGACGACACCGAAAUGGUUGGCUCCCCUGUUUUUGCUUGUCGAUUUGUACGAAAAAGUUGCCGUUUAUACGCAACGAAAGGCGGAAAUGCAUAAAGUUACGACACGAACAUGGAAGUGGUACGAUUUAUCGACCGCAAAGUGGAAUGCUUAUUCGCCAGCUAGCAACAAAGUGAUCAAUGAUGCGUAUUGGAAUAAUGAGCCAUCGGCUCGCAUCACUUUUGGUCGUCAACGUUACACGAUCAACUUUUCCUGCAUGAACCAAGUAAACGAAGAAACUGGAAAUCAUCGUCCCGUCAUCCUUUCGCUGAAAUGCAUGGAAAAGGACUUACCGAUUUUCGCUCCCACAAGUUCAACGAGCGUCAAUUCAUCGCAUGUCGGAGCCGGAGAUUCCGCAACAAAUGCCCCAACUGCCGUCCCUGCUCCGAUGCCCGAAUUAGGAGCUUCUGAGCCAACAAGCAACGACGCAUCCAACAAUCCCGAAGCUGCGAUCGACAUAAAUGUCACAAAAAUCGAUGCCACAAAAAUGGAUACGGCUUCCGAGGAAAAAGAAACGCUAGAAUCUAAAUUCCCGAAUGUCGUCCUGGAUGGUUUGGAGCAAUUCCAAACGAAAGAUUUGGUUGCUGCCUGCGUUCGUCUCAUGGCGCACGAUUUCGACAAAGAUACGUUGCACGCGAUCAUGCGAGUUUGCCUCCGACUGACGCGAAAUUACGAAAAUGCCGAAGUUUUUGCGAAGGAGGGUGGCGUCAAGUUGCUGCUGCAAAUGAAACAAUCGUCGGGAUACGUUGGAUUUACGACGCUUGCCACUUUAUUGAUCCGUCACGUCAUCGAAGAGCCAAAAACUCUCACGCUGGCGAUGGAAAAUGCAAUUUAUUCGCGUACUUUGCCGAUUCAUCCGCCCGGUUGCAAGGAACUCUUGUACAUGACACGUCAAAUGAGCUCCGCCAUUUCGCGAAAUCCCGCAAAAUUCAAGGAAGUUGCGCAGCAAAUCCUCCGAAUUGACGUCGAGAUCCUCAAGCGGAACCAAUUGAACGAAGAUAACCGAUAUUUAUUGAAAUCCGUGCAUCCGCAAGGCACACGGGACUUCAAAUUGGAAGAUCCAACGGCAGUUCAGGCUGUAAAAGAUCUCUUACAGUUCUUAAUUCAACCGGAUGUGCCCGUAACUCGAACUUCAAACAACCAAACUCAAAGCGGAUCGAAAUCGUCGUCAAGUAAGAACUAUACGUCGAUCGAAACGCGUGCCGAACAAAGCAAUCGCAGCACCGACAACCGUUUUGAUGACAUUUUCAGCCCAAUUGCCAAUCCGCGGACCACGAGCGCCGUCAGUAAAGCGAACGAAUUAAUAAAUCAAGCAAAAUCCAGCAUGCAAAGUGGCAAUAAUGACAAAAUUUUGUUGUCUAAAACGGAUAUUUUGAGUAUUUUGGGCGAUGCAGUGCGUUCGUAUCAAACCGUUUCGCUGCUAAUCACGCAACACGUCUACAAAGCUGGCAGUAUUCCGUCAAUUAACGAAGAUAUAACGGCUUUAGCGUACAUUUUGGACAAACUUUUGUACUCGAGCGAGAAUGGGCAGGACAAAGAAUGCGGCACAGUAGCUCAAUUCUUGAUUUCAGGCCUUGCUGCAACGUCUGACGUCGUUUCCGUGCAAUUUGCGGUCGUUACAGAAGUCAAAGCCGCCCUUUUACGUGCUUUUAACAUGCCUGAGUCGAUGGAAAAACACUUGCAAAUUGAAAUGAUCACCGGAUUAAUUCCCGUAAUGAUCGACAGUUAUGUCUCAGCUGACAAUCAUCUGCUUUCAAAGUCCCAACAAUUCCAGUCGGCGCGUUAUAACAUCUUUUACAUCAUGUUACGCAAGGGUCUGAUAAGUGAUUUGGCUAAAGCCGCCCAAUAUCUCGAUCUUUCGGGUCCCCAUACCGUUGCGACGAUCAAUUACAUCCUCAAAUCCUUGGAACUUUUGCUGCGAAUGUCCAAUGAACCGCAAAUGGCAGCCUCAAUUUUCAACAAAAAGAAGUCAGGCACCCAAAAUCCCGUUGUCCCAGGCUCACAGGCAUCCACAUCGGGUCAAGCAAGUACUUCAACGAGCGGAAAUGUCGCCGUUACCCCGAGCACAAGUGGCAGUAUUGUCGCCCGAAGAAAUUCGCGAUCGAGUUUGGCAGCAGGAAGAACUUUACCAACUGCCGUGCAAGAAGAACAACAACAACAAAGCACUUCGGGAGCCCCAUUGAGUGAAUCUACGGUGGCGCAAGACGAAACUAUGACCGACGACAGCGAAAAUACCGAUUAUGACAUAAGCGCCGUGCCCGAAAGUGGCAUCGAGACCACGUCAGAGGCGCAAAUUCAAGUUGACUUGUCCGAAAUUUUGAAUUCUUUCCUGCGGGAUGAUUUAAAUAACGAAGGCGGUGACCGGGGAACGCGUUCCCGGCUGUUAGUAACUGACGAGAGCAUUGCCACAGUCGAGGGCGAAAACGAUGUCGUCAACGAAAAUGAUGAUGCGGGACUUUCUAACAUGCGCGGCGAAACGGGAGACACGAGCAGCGAAAGUGGCGAUGACUCCGUUUCCAAUGCGAGUGAUCAAGAAGGUCCCGAACUCGAAGAGGAGGAAGAAGAGGCAUCCGAAAAUGAGGAUGAAGGCGACGAACAAAGCGAUUUAGAUGUUGAUGAGGAAACUCGUCAAUUUAUUGAAAUGUAUGACCAAAGUGUUUAUAGCGUUCGUUCGCCAAAUAUUCCGGAGCUGGAACGCGAUAACGAAGAUGUCUUGAUGAUUCAGUACAACGCGAAUAGUGCACGUGGCGAUAAUGACGCCGAAACGGGCGACAAUGCUGGAAAUGGAGGAAAUAACGCCGCUGGAGGUUCAAUUGCGGAAAUUAGAAUUGCUGAUUUGGCAGAUAGAAGACCUUUUUCGAACGAGCAAAGUCGUCGUCGUUUGGAACAAAGUCGCGCUGAUGCAGGUCCGAGCAGUUCUAAUGCGGGAGGAAAUGAUGAGGGACAAGGUACUGUCGCUGCACAUCCUUUACUCGUACGUCGUCAUAGCACAUCGCAGUCCAAUGAAGGCCCCUUGCGUUAUGAUGGCGCUGGCGUGAAUCGUGGCUCGCGUUCGGGACGUCAAAGACGCUUGAAUUACAUCAGCACGAACGGAAGAAGCACAAAUCCGCCGAUAAUUCUGCAACGACUUCUUGGACCAUCAAGUACGAAUGCUGGAGGCACGGUAACGCUUCGUGCGCCAAACGGCGUUGUCCUGAUGGAUCAUUUUAACCUCAUUUCAAGCAACGACGAUGAAAAUGGCGAUAUCGAUUUGACACACGGGCACGUCUAUAACCGCGGAAUUUCGAAUCACACGAAUAACCAUUCGACGGCGCUCAGUUGGUGGUUUGAGGAAUCCCGAAUUUUGGGUUUGGAAUCACAACCUGACGUUUGUUUGACGAUUUGCGAUCAAUUAGUGCCCGAUUUGGAGAAAUACAAGGCGCAGGAUUUGGCCAAGAGUCGCAGUAAACGUAAAAAGAAGGUUACUGAGGAGCAAGAAAAGACUUCGGAAGAGAAUAAUGAAGCGCAAACUGCGAAUAACGCGACAAAUUCGAACCAAAAUCAAGUUCCUGCCACGCAAGAAAGUGUCGUUGAUUUAAUGGAUGUUUCGGAGCCGCCUUUCGACUCAUCAACGCCGAUCGUGAAUCAAAAUAUUAACGCGACAUCCACGCAGCUCGAGGAGAUGCAAAUUAAUUCAGAUGGCGAACCGCGUCAAGCACAAUCGAGCGCUGUGCAAGAAAAUCAAGCGAAUAAUCAAGCCGAGACGACAAGUAGACAAUCGACUUUGGUUGAUGGCGAUAGCGAGAUGAACGACGCGUCUUCGAUGAGACCCCAAAGUGGCGAAACUUUCGGAUCUUUGAAUGCGGAGUCUUUCUUUUUGGAAGAAAGUGAGGAUUCGGUCGACGAAAAUCUUCAUAGUCAACGCAACUCUGACGAAGACGACAGCUCUGAAUCCGACACCGACGAAGAAGAUAACGAGCAGUACAUUGAUGAUCAAAGCGAAAAUCUGCCAAGUAGCGAGCAAAAUGUAGCAACACAAGCCGUUACAAUUGCUGAAAUCAACACUGUUCCAACGGAAACUGCUUCAAAUCCGCCCACAAAUCAAGAUGUCGAAAUGGCAAGUAACCAAGAUGCAGGAACAGCGCCUAUGGAUACCGCAAGUACCGAAGAAGGAGCUGUCGGAGGCACAACAAAUGACGAAACAGGUCAACCCUCGACUGGUACAGCGGAAAAUAAUCAAGAGGCAACGCCUCAAACCGUUCCAAGUGCAUCGCAACAAGAUAUCGAUCCGGCAAUUCGAAGUAUUUUGGGUGAUUUGGAAGUUCCCGAGGGAAUAGAUGCGUCUUUCUUAGCUGCCUUGCCGCCAGAGAUGCGAGAAGAAGUUAUCGCGGAGCACAUGCGACAACAGCGAAUUCGUCAGAGGGCAACGCAGCCUCCAGCAGUUGUUGCGAACGAAACUGCGCCGCCCGUUGCCGAAGUUAAUCCCGAAUUUUUGGCUGCUUUACCGCCGAAUAUACAAGAAGAGGUGUUGGCACAACAGCGAUUGGAGCAACAACGACAAGCUGCUGUGAAUAUGAAUCCAAAUGAUCCCGUUGAUGCAGCGGCGUUCUUCCAAAAUUUGACGCCUUCGUUGAGACAAGCGAUCCUCACUGACAUGGAAGAAUCCCAAAUCUCCGUUCUUCCUCCGGAACUGGCAGCAGAAGCUCAAAAUUUGCGUCGCGAUUGGGAAUCUCGGAAUCGACAAAUGAUGCAAAUGCGUCUUUUGAACCAAAUCGGUACGAGUGCAAAUUUCCAUUCUUUGUUCCGACAUAGAAGUCGCAACGUAGAUCCGCGUCAAUAUUUGCCGCGCACGAGCUACAUCCAACUCAACUCGAACGCCAUCACAAUUCGCGGCGGCGUGCAUCCAUCCAACGUUUUAUCCAACAUGGAACGCCAGGGAGGUCCUUUGCUGGAUCACGAAGCACUCGCAUCCAUUCUCGUCCUUUUAUUCAUUGACGAUCCGAAUAUCAGCACGUUGCGUUUGUAUCGUGUCAUCAAGAAUUUGUGUUAUCACGUGCCGACCCGAAAAUGGAUAAUUCGUGCUUUGUUGUCGAUUGUCGAGAAAUGCAGCGAAGAAUUGAAUACGGGAGCGAAAUUCAUGGCAAUUGAAGGCGGAAAUAUGGAGUCAAGUAAACCAGAGUGGUUGAAUAUUCGUUUGGACUCGGCAUUGAGUUGUCGCACGAAUGUUUUCCUCAUGAAGAGACCAAAUUCCGCGGGCGGCGUCAUCCGGAAGAACGACAGCCCGAUAACAGUUCAUCCCAAAGCAUCGCCGAUCGUCUGUCGACACAUUGUGGAUUUGUUGAUUUUCUUGGCGAAAAGUUUCCCCGUGCAUUUCUUGCCCUUGAAGAAGACAACGGAGCCGCAACAAGCCGGCACUUCCACAAAUUUAGCCACCUCAAGUACAAACACGAAAACCGCAAAAGCAACAAACAGCAAUUCGUCGUCGAGCAGUUCAGGUACGCCGAAAAAGGAGGAAGGGCCUGUCGCUGGACCCUCGAAUGCCGACAAACCAACGGAAUUUUGGGAGAUUUUAAGUGGCCUUGAUGCAAAAAUUAAUCAACAACGUAAAUUGUCGUCGAAGCAAGUUUCGCGUCCUCCAAAGGAAUUCAACGAGCCCGAUAUCGUUACGUUCGAUGUGUCACCUUUUGGGCAAUUAAUUAAAAUUCUUGCACACGAAACGGUGAAAAAUAGCAGUCAAUUGACGGAUAAAGUGCUGCGAUUGUUGUCACUGAUCUCCGUGGCGUUGCCCGACAGCAAAAACAAGGCAGGGGGAAAUGCGAGAAAUAAACCGCCCCAAAAUUAUCAAGUGAAAAAUUUAUUCGACGACAAUAAUCAGAGUGAGACGGAAUUCCAUUUGGGGGUCAUUGUUCAAGUUUUGACCUCGAAAGCGUGUUCCGAAGACGGAUUGGAAGACGCAACGGCGCUCCUGCUCAAUUUGAGUAAAUGCAGCAAUAAAACCCGUUACGUCAUCCAUCAUCUCCUGCUAAAUGGCGCUUAUAGCGUUUCUUGCAUGGUUUUGCGACACAUCAACGACCUCAUGACAGAACUGCGACAACUCAAGCAAAAACGCCCCGAUGUUCCUGUCGAAAUUAAACCGCCUGUCGAAGUGAUGCCCGUUGACGAAGACAUGGAAACACCCUCGACAUCAGUGGCGCAACCCAAAGCCACGAACGUUCGCGGCGGAAUCCUCCAAGAUCGCUUCACAAAGGACCAAGUGAUCAUCAUGGCACCGAACAAAGUGAAGUCUACGGGAGAUUUGCAACUUCCCUCAAUGGCUCCCUUAAUUUCGAAGACUUCGAGUCAAGCAUUUUUCCUGCGAAUUUUGAAGGUAAUCACGCAAAUUCGUGAUUCCGUGUACCAAACGAUGAAAAAUGAGGCAAAUAGCGCAACGAAAACCAUUGAACCGAAUCAGCUUGAAUUAAGUCCCUUGAGUGAGACCUUAAAACUUGACACUUUGUGGGACACGUUGAGCGAAUGUUUGAAAGAGCUGGAAGAAACGAGUGAUCAUCAUGCGGUUUUGGUGUUGCAACCGACGGUAGAAGCCUUUUUCCUGGUACAUGCGUCGUCGCAGAACAAGAACGCGUGUGCUUUGUUGAAGGAACAAGAGGAAAAGGCAAAUGCGGAGGCGCAGCAAGGCGAACAAGAUGCGGAAACGACAGAAAGUGCGGAGGCAACAGAGGCGACCGCGGAAAAUCAGACAGCUACGGUUACGGAACCAUCGGAAAUGGAAAGUACUCCGACGGAAACGCAACCGACGACAUCCGCGAUGGAAGGGCAAGUCGAACAAAGUGCUGGAGAAACGUCAAAUGACGACGCCUCUUCAUCAUUACCAAAACUGGGAUUACUCACGCAACUCAGCCAACAACAACAAGCACCUCCCGUUCUCGACCCGGACCAGAAGAAAUUCCUGCAAUUCGCUGAAACGCAUCGUGUCGUCUUGAAUCAAAUUCUCCGACAAAGCACAACACAUUUGGCUGACGGCCCGUUUGCCGUUCUCGUCGAUCACACACGCAUUUUGGAUUUCGACAUCAAACGACGUUACUUCCGUACUGAACUCGAACGUCUCGACGAGGGCAUUCGACGCGAAGAGCUGGCGAUUCACGUGCACCGCGUCACCGUCUUCGAAGAUUCAUUCCGCGAAUUGUAUCGUCGCACGCCCGAAGAGUGGAAAAAUCGCUUCUACAUCGUGUUCGAGGACGAAGAGGGGCAGGAUGCGGGCGGAUUGUUGCGCGAAUGGUAUGUCAUCAUAUCGCGCGAGAUCUUUAAUCCCAUGUACGCGCUAUUUUGUGUGUCGCCGGGCGAUCGGGUGACGUACAUGAUUAAUCCGUCGUCGCAUGCCAAUCCGAAUCACUUGUGUUAUUACAAGUUUGUGGGACGAGUUAUUGCAAAAGCGAUUUAUGACAACAAAUUGCUCGAGUGUUACUUCACAAGGUCGUUCUACAAACACAUCCUUGGCACCGCUGUCAAAUAUACCGACAUGGAAAGUGAGGAUUACGAAUUCUACCAAGGACUUGUCUUCUUAAUUGAACACACCGUCGCUGAAUUGGGCUACGAUUUGACCUUCAGCUUGGAAGUACAGGAGUUUGGAGUGACGGAAGUGCGGGAUUUGAUACCGAAUGGACGAAACAUUGUUGUGACAGAAGAGACAAAAUUGGAAUACGUUCACUUGGUGUGCCAACUUAAAAUGAGCGGGUCCAUUAGACAACAGUUAAAUGCAUUUUUAGAAGGAUUUUACGAUAUAAUCCCGAAACGAUUGAUCUCUAUCUUUAACGAACAAGAAUUGGAAUUACUCAUAUCGGGUUUGCCAAAUAUAGACAUUGAAGACUUGAAGGUCAACACAGAAUAUCAUAAGUAUCAAGCAAAUUCAAUCCAGGUUCAAUGGUUCUGGCGUGCUCUGCGAAGCUUCGACCAAGCGGAUCGUGCCAAAUUCCUCCAAUUUGUGACGGGAACUUCCAAAGUCCCCUUGCAAGGAUUCGCUUCACUAGAGGGCAUGAAUGGAAUACAAAAGUUCCAAAUUCAUCGCGAUGAUCGUUCAACUGAUCGUCUUCCAUCGGCCCAUACUUGCUUCAACCAACUUGAUUUACCAGUUUACAAGACUUACGAUAAGCUACGAUCUAGUUUACUCAAGGCGAUACACGAGUGCUCCGAAGGAUUUGGAUUUGCUUAAAUUACCCCAUUUGAAGAGACUUACAACCGAAUGUGACGAUAAUUAGUGAUAACAAAAAAAAAUUAUUAAAUAUGAUAUGAAACAAUUAAUAAGUGCAACCCAUUUUUUACGCUAUAAUCAAUAUUAAUUAAUUUUCCUUCUCCAUAUUUAUGUUCAACUAAAAUCUACUAUUAAAAAUAUGAUGAUGUAAAAAGAAUAAUAAAAUUAUU